CAAAGGCUGGAAUGUUCAGCUGGAUGAAGAAGCACGCCAAGAAGAGCCCGGAGGCGGCGGGGACGGUGCGAGCCGGCCUCAAGAAGCUCUAUAGGAAGAAGUUAUUCCCUAUGGAAGAAGCGUGCCGCUUCCAUGACUUCCAUUCGCCCGCCUUGGAAGAGGCGGAUUUCGACACCAAGCCCAUGGUGCUGGUGAUGGGGCAGUAUUCCACUGGGAAAACCACCUUCAUCCAGUACCUACUGGAGCAGGACAUCCCGGGAAGCCGCGUCGGACCCGAGCCCACCACUGACUCCUUUGUGGCCAUCAUGCAUGGGGAAACCGAGGGGAUCAUCCCCGGUAACGCCCUCGUCGUCGAUCCCAAUAAACCCUUCCGGAAGCUCAGUCCGUUUGGGAAUGGUUUCCUCAACCGGUUCCAGUGCGCGCACCUCCCGAACCAGGUCCUGGAGAGCAUCAGCAUCAUCGACACCCCCGGCAUCCUCUCGGGGGCCAAGCAGCGCGUGUGCCGCGGUGAGGGGGCGGGGCCAAGGCGAGGGGGCGGGGCCG